AUGCGCGCCGGUGUCCUUCCCUCCUUGACUGCUCUGGGUGCCGUCGCCAGUGCUUUGCCGGCUACCGACGGCGCCAACGGCGCCAACACGGCCGCCAGCGGCGAUGUCAUCCUCAACGCUCCCCAGCUCUACCCCGAGAGCGCCGAUUUCAACAAGAAGAACGGCUUGACCUACUUCAGCAAGCUCUACAACGCCGCCGUUGCCGUCAUCGACGUUUCCAAGAACAGCGUCGUCGACACCAUCACGUUUGAUCGCACAGACGUGGCCGAGUUCCACGCCAGCGGUGUCGAGAUUGACCAAAAGACCAACCAGUUGUCAGUGACCAUCAACGCCGGCAUCGCCUUUGAUACCGCCGGCGCCAAUGUCAGCGGCGACAACUUCCUCUACAAGGUCGACCUGAGCGGCGACAAGCCCAAGGAGCUGUGGCACGCCAACCUUACCGCUGUCACAAACGGAGCCUACGGAGGCUGCCAGGACAUGGUCCACGACACCUGCGGCAACACCUUUGUCGUCUGCACCUACCCCGGUGCCAUCAUCAAGGUCAACGCCGACGGCAGCAAGGCCAUCCCCUGGUACCUGAGCAACUACACCCGGCCCGGCACGAGCCCCAUCCUGCCCGGCCUCACGGGCAUCGUGGCCAGCGGCGACCUCCUCAUCGCCAACGACGCCCAGGCCAAGCAGCUCGUCAGCUUCAACAAGCGCGACUCUCUGGGCAAGCGUGUCGUCAUCCCCGUCACCGGCCUGACCGGCGAGAGCGGCGACGACGGCGUCUACCUGCCCGAGAAGUACGCCGGCAAGGUCCUCCUGACCCAGCUCAGCACCGAGGGAACCAACGUCUUUGUCUCCAAGGACGGCUGGAAGUCGGCCGAGUUUGUCACCAAGAUCGACAGCCAGUACACCCCCCAGGACAAGGGCGGCUUUGCCGUGGCCACUGUCCAGAUCCAGGACAAGAUCUACGGCGUCAUUGAGUACUUCCUCGACGACAAGAACGGCGGCCUCGCCGGCAACCGAACCAAGUUUGAGCUCGAGGACCUCACUACCAAGAUUGACCAGGCGGUCCAGGGCAAGAUCUAA